GCGCCCCUCCCCCGGCCCGCCGGAGCUCCGGGCGGAGCGCGCGGGCUGCGCGGCCGCGGGCGUUCUCCGUGAGCCGGGCCCGUGGCGACUAGGCUCCCGUGGCCGCUUGCUAGGAGGAGGCUGGAGCCCAGUUGGGAAGAAUGGACUUGGCGACUCGCUCCCAGAUCCCUAAAGAAGUGGCUGACAUCUUUAACGCCCCCAGUGAUGAUGAAGAGUUCGUUGGAUUCCGAGAUGAUGUUCCCAUGGAAACCCUCUCAUCAGAGGAGAGCUGCGAUAGUUUUGACUCACUGGAGUCAGGGAAACAGCAGGAUGUGCGAUUCCAUUCCAAAUACUUUACGGAAGAGCUAAGAAGAAUUUUUAUAGAGGACACUGACUCAGAGAUGGAAGAUUUUGAAGGAUUUACGCAGAGUGAUCUGAAUGUAAACAGUAACCCAGAAGUAAUGCUCGUGGAGUCAGAUUUGAGCGAUGACAGUAAAGCCUCUUUAGUAAGCGAGGAAGAGGAAGAUGAUGAAGAAGAAAAGGCUACGCCUAGAAGGAGCAGGCCUAGAAGAAGCAGCAUUGGUCUUCGGGUAGCCUUUCAGUUCCCUACCAAGAAACUGGCAAAAAAACCAGAUAAAAACAAUGCUUCUGAGCCACUGUUUUCUAGCUCACGCUUACAGGACAAUAAAAAAUCAAUUCUUGGAAGAAAGAAAAGCUGCAGAAAGGGGAAGGAAAGGGAUGAUUCUGCCUCUGAGUCUGAGGAUGACUCCAGGGAUGAGGGCCAGGAGAGCUCAGAUGCCCUGUUGAAAAGGACCAUGAACAUCAAGGAGAACAAGGCCAUGCUUGCUCAGUUAUUGGCAGAAUUGAACUCGAUGCCAGAUUUCUUCCCAGUGCGAACCCCGAACUCAGCUUCUAAGAGAACAGUGAGGCGGGCCUUCUCGGAGGGACAGACCGCACGGCGCACGAACCCAACCCGGAGCGCACGGCCUCCGGAGAAGUUUGCUCUGGAGAAUUUCACUGUCUCAGCUGCCAAAUUUGCAGAAGAGUUUUACAGUUUCAGAAGAAGGAAGACAAUUAGUGGGGGGAAAUGCCAGGGCUAUAGACGGCGUCACCGUCUAUCUUCUUUUCGGCCUGUGGAGGAUAUCACUGAAGAGGACUUAGAAAAUGUUGCCAUAACUGUUCGAGAUAAAAUCUAUGAUAAAGUUCUGGGUAACACUUGCCAUCAGUGUCGGCAGAAGACCAUCGACACCAAGACAGUGUGUCGGAACCAGGGCUGCGGUGGGGUGCGAGGACAGUUUUGUGGGCCGUGCCUGCGGAAUCGCUACGGGGAGGACGUGCGGUCAGCGCUGCUGGACCCGGAUUGGAUGUGCCCUCCCUGCCGUGGGAUCUGCAAUUGCAGUUACUGCCGGAAGCGUGAUGGCCGCUGUGCCACAGGGAUCCUCAUUCAUCUGGCCAAGUUUUACGGUUAUAAUAACGUUAAGGAAUAUCUGGAGAGCUUACAGAAGCAGCUGGUGGAGGACAAUUAAGAAAAAGAAGAACCAGCCAGCUCACUGCAGAGUACUGUUUGUGCCUGAGAUUUCUUACGGUGGUGUUUUUAUACAGAAAUUCUUUGUAGAUCUAAAUACUAUAUUUUUAAAGAAAAAUUGUUUAUAUGCUUAAAAAGAUUUCUCAGGAAGACAGCAAAGCAGAGGAAUCUAUAUCCAUGUAUACACAGGCCUGUUUGUAGAUGGAAUUGUUAGAAGCAUCUGUAGAUGAUUAUAAAGCACGGUUUAAAUGGGGUGGAGUUACAGUUCAGGUAAGUAAGUUCUGGAGAAGCAUUGUGUGAGCAGCUCUUGCCUUUGACCCUGUUUGAUUAUCUCUGUUGCCUUGAUCUUUUA